GGAUGGAUGGAUGGAUGGAUGGAUGGAUGGAUGGAUGGAUGGAUGGAUGGAGUGCAAAAAAAUGUUGCAGCAUCUGAUUGGGUGGUAGAUGUGUUGGCCAGUCUGUCAAACACUGUAUAAAUGAAAGGACAGUAAGGAGAGGAGAACAAACUCCUAACAGGAGGAGACUCACUCAUGGCCUACGAGACAGAGGAUCAUGAGACUCAAUACUGCUUUCCUGCCAUCAACUCAUCAUGUAUCAAGGGAAAACGCUUCAGUUAUGAUUACUAUUUUAUGUACAUGUGUUUUUCACUUCUGUCAGCAUGGACUGUGUUUCUGAACCUGCUGGUGAUCAUCUCCAUCUCUCACUUCAAGAAGCUUCACACUCCAACCAACCUGAUUAUUCUCUCUCUGGCUGUGGCCGACCUGCUUACUGGACUUAUUGUGAUGCCCUUAGAGGCCAUCAAGUUGAUUGAGACAUGUUGGUACUUCGGAGAAACUUUCUGUAAACUAUUUAUGUUCAUCAUGGGGCUACUUUUAUCAGCAUCUCUCAGUAAUUUAGUUUUAAUUGCUGUUGAUCGUUAUGUGGCUGUGUGUCACCCUUUACUGUACCCACAGAAAAUAACCAUGACUAGAAUGAUAAUUAUUGUCUGUUUUUGCUGGCUUUUUUCUUCAACUUAUAAUAUUGCAAUUGUAGUAAGUAUCUCAUACAGAACAGAGGCAUGUUAUGGUGAAUGUAAUGUUAUGCUUACAUUUGAAUGGAGAGUAAUUGAUUUAAUAUUUUCCUUCCUGUUUCCUUGUACCCUGAUCAUAAUUUUACAUUUGAGGAUAUUUUAUGUUGCACAAAAACAAGUUAAAAUGAUAAACUCUCUGAUGAAGAGUGGAAAAUGUGUUGUGGAAGGUUCAAUGAGGAGGAAAUCUGAGAGCAAAGCUGCUCUGACAUUAGGAAUCAUUGUGGCAAUUCAUCUGCUUUGCUGGAUUCCAUACUAUAUCUUGACUCUAACUGAAAACACAGCAAUCCCACCCACUGUACUGUAUUGUCUAAUAUGGGUCUUAUACAUUAACUCAUGUCUGAAUCCUCUUAUCUAUGCUUUAUUUUACCCCUGGUUUAGAAAAUCUGUUAAGCACAUCUUAACUCUUAGAAUAUUUCAGCAAGCAUCCUCUAGGCUUAAUAUUUUUACAAAUCAUCAUUCAUGAAUUAACACAAUUUGUGCUUCAAACUGGUGAAGCAAUUCCUUAUAAAGUGCACCAUAUACUGUCAUUUAGAACUUAUUUUAGAUUAUUUUAAUAGGCUAAAUAAUCCAUAAUUAAUCUACGUACCAAAUAAAUAAAUGUAACUUUUUGCAAUUUUGCAAAUGUAACAAAACAAACCUGUUAAUGUUUUAUCAGAUUGUCAGGAAUCUUAAUUAUCCUGCUCAUAUACAUGAUGCUAUUCAUAUUAAUCAACACUCAAAAAAUGAACUUUCACUGUUUUUAGUUUCACUCAAACCACCCUUGUUCACAUUACUUAAAAAACUCAUGUAACUACAUGAAUGUAAUUUAACUGCGUUGUUUCUACUAAAAUUGAGUAUUGUCAGCUUAACUUAGUGUUUGUUCAGUCAACUUAACUUUCCUGUGUGAAACGCACACAUUAUUGUUGACAUAACUAACUCUGCAGUGGAUCCAUAGUACCCAGCAUGCUUUGCAAGGGACUGCAUUAGGAGAGUAAAUUUAGGGAUUAAAGUGUUAUUUUAUGUAUUUUUCAGUAAAGGGAAAGAUGUUGUUAGUUUUUGUUAGUGUUUAAUGUUCAGUUAUGUUGGACAUUUAGAGUAGUUUCUGUAAUGUUUUUGUAUUUUGUGGUUCCCAUUAUGCAGAACAGUGUCGCCUGUGUUUAGGCUGUGCGCACUCAUUUAAGCAUGUUUAUAGGAUGAAACUCCUGCUCUCAAUUCAAUUGAGUUUGUUCAAUUAGUUAUUUUUGAGUGCAUUUUGGGGUGAGGGGCUGCAUUCUGAUAUGUUGUAUCCUUUUUAUUUAAAAGAUUAUUCAAAAAAAAAAUUGUGU